UUGACUAUUACGUGUAAAUUUCUAAUUUAUAUCAGGUAUUAUUGCAACGACUGUUGGCAACACAAUCUUUUGAGUUUUCGAACUUUAACUGGAAAGAGUUUUAGGGUUCAUUAUAGCAGGAGAUUUAAGAGAUAACGACAGAACUUCUUUCGUCAUGCAUCAGGUAUCAUUGCUACAAGAAAAGGAGCUGUUGGACUACAAUCUUUUAAGUUUUCGGACUUAACUCGUGUAGCAAGAAAUUUAGGAGUUAAAGGCAAGAUUUCUUUUGUUUGAAAAGCUAUUUUUCCUCUUCAUCAGGUCAAAAGCCAUGUCCGUCGUUGAAGCUGCUUUAUCUGUGUUCUUUGAAGGGUUGUUUAGUAAUUUGGCCUCUUCGGAAUUUCUCAACAUUGUAACUGAGAAGGAAGUUUGCGGGGAGCUCAACAAGUUGGAAAAGACAUUGCGCAAUAUUCAUGCAGUGCUACAUGAUGCCGAGGAGAAGGAAAUGAAUGAUGGGCACGUGAAGAGUUGGCUGGGCCAGCUCCAAGACUUGGCAUACGAUGUGGAUGACAUAUUGGAUAAGUUUGCUACUGAAGCUUUGAGACUCAAGUUAACGAGGGAACAUCAAGAACACCGCCCAAGGAAGUUACAAAAGCUUGUUGAUGCUUGCUUUACCUGGUUCAGGGGUCAUAAUUUAUCAUUUAAUAAGGAAAUGAUGUCCGAGAUAAAAGAGAUCACUGCUAGAUUUCAAGAUUUAGAAGCAGAUAUAAGUCUCUUGGCUUUGACGAAAAAUGGUGGUGGGAGGCCCAAGAGAACAUCGGAAUGGCGAUCAACCACUUGUUUGGUGAAUGAAACUCAAGUCUACGGUCGGGAAAAAGACAAGGAAACAAUCCUUGACUUGAUUUUUGGGAGUGAUGAUAGCAAUAAAUUUUCUGUGAUUCCCAUCAUUGGCAAAGGAGGGAUUGGCAAAACAACGCUUGCUCAGCUUGUCUACAAUGAUAGUCGUGUAGUUAAGCAUUUUGAUUUUCAAGCAUGGGUAUGCGUUUCUGACGACUUUAAGAUGGAGGAGAUAACGAAAUCAAUUUUGCAAUCAGUUAGUCCUGAAUCUUUUAAUGUUAGAGAUGAUUUGAAUAACCUUCAAAUAAAAUUGAAGAGGGAGCUGGAGGGAAAGAAACUACUUCUGAUUUUGGAUGAUCUUUGGCAUGAAAACUAUGAUGAUUGGACUCGUGUGAUGUCCCCUUUUGGCAUAGGAGCUACGAUUGUUGUGACAACACGUGGUCAAAGGGUUUCGUUAAUGGUGGGUACUAUCCCAGGUUACAAGCUGCCAGAGUUGUCAGAUGGUGAUUGCUGUUCUAUAUUAACUCAACAUGCAUUUGGAGCAAAAGAUUUUAGUCAGCAUCCGAACUUCGAAGAAUUUGGUGUACAAAUUGCGAAAAGGUGCAAGGGUUUGCCUUUGGCAGCUAAGACCAUCGGAGGCCUUUUGCGCAAUGAGGUGGAAAUUGGUAAAUGGGAAGAGAUACUAGGAAGUGAGAUUUGGAAUUUAUCAGAAGAGAGGAGUAACAUAAUUCCAGCUUUACGAUUAAGCUAUCAUCAUCUUCCCGCAGAUCUGAAGCGAUGUUUUGCUUACUGUGCCGUACUCCCCAAAGACUAUGAAUUUACCGAGGAAGAAAUUGUCUUAUUGUGGAUGGCAGAAGGCUUUCUGCGAGUGGAAGCUACAAAGAAAAAGGAAGAUUUGGGUCAUGAGUACUUACAAGAACUUGUACGGAGGUCAUUUUUUGAUAUAUCCAACAAGGAUGAGUCUCGAUAUAUAAUGCAUGAUGUGAUUAACGAUUUGGCUCAAUCAGUUGCCAAAGAUAUAUGCUUCAGAGUGGAGGGUGACAAGGCAUUGAACGUUUCCAGUCAUGCCCGCCAUUCAUCUUACAUUGGUGGUGGGAAAGACAGAUUUAAAAAUUUCCAAGUCUUCAAAGGAAAGAAGGGUUUAAGAACCUUCCUACUGUUGAAGAUGCCUGAAUGGUGGUCGAAUUUCUAUAAUCAAGUUCUCAGUGAUUUGUUGCCAGAAUUUAAACACUUAAGGGUGUUAUCUUUACAAGGGCGCUACCUGAUGGAGGUUCCCAAUAUUAUUGGAGAUUUGGUGCAUCUGCGUUAUCUAAAUUUUUCUGGCACUAAAAUCAAAACUCUACCGGAUUCAAUAUGCAAGCUUUACAAGUUAGAGACCUUGCUGUUGCCGGGGUGCUAUUUGCUUGAAGAGUUUCCUUCUGAAAUGAGAUUUUUAAUUAACCUAACGCAUCUUGACAUUACAGGUGCAGAUUCAAUAGAAAUGAUGCCAAUGGGAUUCAGUGAACUAACCAAUCUCCAAACAUUGACAAAUUUUGUUGUGAGUCAAAACACUGGCCGUCAGAUAAGGGAGAUGGGAACUUUGUCUAAUCUUAAGGGUAGACUUGUUAUUUCAGAAUUGCAGAAUGUUGUCCAAGCUCAAGAUGCAUGGGUGGCUGGGUUAUGUUAUAAGUCGAACCUUCGUGAUUUGGCUUUGGAGUGGAGUUAUAAUUCUGCAGGAGAAGAAAGUCACAAGGACGUGUUGGAUUCACUCCAACCUCCUAAAAUGCUUGCAAGGCUCACCAUCAAAUAUUAUGGAGGUGAAACAUUCCCAAAUUGGAUUGGAGAUCCUUCAUUUGAAAACCUAUCGAUUCUGGAUCUGGAUUACUGUCCAAAUUGCACAUUAUUACCAGCUGUUGGAAGAUUACCGUCGCUAAAAUCGCUUUCUAUGCGGUGGAUGAGUAAGGUAAAAAAUGUGGGUGCUAAUUUUUUUGGAAAGGAUCUGUCGAUUAACGCAUUUCCCUCACUAGAGAGAUUACAUUUUGAGCACAUGCCAGAAUGGGAGGAAUGGGAUCCCUGUGAAGUUGAUGAAAAUGUAAGGAGUUUGCAACACCUCCAGGAGCUCAUCAUUCAAGGUUGCCCCAAGUUGUUAGGAAGUUUACCUAAUCGUCUUCCUUCCUUGAAGAAGCUAGAGAUUAUUGGGUGUAAAAAACUGAGAAGUUUACCUAAUUGUCUUCCUUCAUUGAAGAAGCUAGUGAUUUGGUGGUGUUACCAACUGAGAAAUCUACCUAGUUGUCUUCCUUCAUUGGAGGAACUUGUGAUUCAAGAAUGUGAGCAGUUGGUAGUUUCACUAUCAAGCCUUCCAAAGUUGUCUGACUUAAUAAUUUAUGGGUGCCAAGAGGUGGCGUCUACAAAUUGUACAAAUUCUGGCUCAUUCAUGAAAAGUGUCUCUCUUUCAGACAUUUCAAAAUUCACUUCUCCAAUGGAGGGGUUGAUAAAAGCAGAACGUCUUUGUAUAAGUGGAUGCCAGGAGCUGAUUUCUUCAUGGCAGAACGAGGAAGGACCCUCAACACAUUUGAGGCCUAUUCGCUUUUUGGAAAUUGACAAUUGUUCAAGACUUGUUUCCAUAGGGGCAGAGGACGAAAAGGAAGAGCAUAUGCAGUUAGGAAUCCCUUGCAAUAUUGAAGAUUUGAGCGUAAAAUAUUGUGAAAGGCUAGAAAGGCUAUCAGAAAGUCUACACAGCUACAGAUCCCUUACGGUGCUACGAAUUGAAAGAUGCCCAGGAUUGAUUUCAAUUUCAAAUGGGCACUUGCGUCCAAAUCUAAGACGUUUAACCAUUAGAGUGUGUGAGAGUUUGCAGUAUUUGCUGGAUGGAGUAAAUAACAACAUCAAAAGCACGCCUCUUCUAGAGCACCUGGAUAUUAAAAAUUGUAAGUCUCUGAUAUCUUUAUCCUCAAGGGGCGAGUUACCUAUUAGGGUUCAACAUGUUGACAUUUAUGAUUGUAAAAAGUUGACAUCCUUGUCAUCCAAUGGCAAGUUACCUAUGGGGCUUAGAAACCUCGAUAUUGGUAGUUGCGGAGCAGUAGAGUCCAUAGCUCAAGAAAUUGAAGAGAACUCUUCCCUUGAAUUGAUAACUAUCCGCAGUUGUGAUAAUUUGAGAUCUUUGCCUCGUGUAUUAACCAAGCUCAGAAAGCUUAGCCUUUCUCAGUGUGAAAAACUCCAUGCCUUACCUAACUGCAUCCACAACACUGUCUCGAUGCGAGAAUUGUUCAUAUAUAAUUGUCCAAGUGUGAUAUCAUUUCCAGAGGAGGGGUUCCCUCCCAAUCUCACUUCACUUGCAAUCUCGCAACCCAAUAUUUGCAAGUCAGUGAUCGAGCGGGGUUUGCACAAACUCACCUCCCUUAAACAUUUGUGCAUCGACGGUGCUUCUCUUGAUGUGGUGUCAUUCCCAUGUGAGGAUAUGCUUCUGCCCCUCACUCUCACCUUCCUCUCCAUCUACGGUUUUCCAAACCUAGAAACUCUAUCCUCCAAGGGCUUUCAAAAUCUUAAAUUUCUUGAAUCGUUGGAAAUAAAAAACUGCCCCGGUCUCAAAUUCCAACCGGAAAAGGAGAUGUUUGACUCACUUUUUCAACUUCAUAUUGCUGACUGUCCGUUGCUAAGAGAACGAUGCAGGAAGGAUGAAGGACAAGAGUGGCCCAAAAUAGCCCACAUACCUUGCAUUGAUAUUUUUUAA